ACAGCCACGCUUAAAGUACUCGUUUCAAAGACUUAUUGAUUCUUUACAAUUCCAGGCAUUCUUACACUGCACAAAUUCGAAUUCAAUAGAAGAAGUAUAUCCUUGCUGGGAUAGGCUCCGGCACGCCCGCGACCCUAGUGAGGGGAAGCGCUACAGAUGGAUAUAUUAGAGAUCGAGUGUGAGCAGACCAUGUGUUGUGUUUAUCGCGUGGAAAUGUGGACAAGAAGCGCCGCGGAGUCCGAGGAGGAACUUUGUGGCGCAAAAGAGGGGAAGCAGCCUCCGGUUGGGUUCCACACAGCAGACGUCAGUGAAGAUCUUGGUCCUGAGCGGCUGGCGCCAGAGUCCCCUUACGUUAAAGGGGAAGAGGAGAAUGAAGAGCUCUGCUCCAUUAAAGAAGAGGAGGAGCACCCGCGCAUCAAAAAGGAGGAGGCAGAGGUCCGUCACGAUCAAGAGACAGAAGAUUCUCCUCACGUUAAAGAGGAGUCGGAGCAGCUUGGCAUCGAAACGGACGAAGAGCCACCCGACAUUAAAGAGGAAGAGGAGGAUAUCACCAUGUUUGCAUCGACUGGUGUCCCUUUGAAGAGUGAAGAUGAAGGUCCAAGUGAGGAGAGACGAGGGGCGGAGCCUCCAAGCAGCAGCGCAAGUCAACACAUGGCAACAGGAGGUGAUGGAGACCACCGUGGAGCUCCACUGUCAGAUAGUGACGACAUGACGUCGCACUCUCCUCACACUGGUGAUGAUGAUGAUGAUGAUGAUGAGGAGGAGUCAUGUCACACUGACAACAAACGAUGGAGAUGUUCUCGGUGUGGGAAAACCUUUGGUUACAAGAGCAGUUUGAUUCGCCACGCUGGCAAGAAACCUUUUGCCCGCUCGGUUUGUGGAAAAGGAUUCUCCCAAAAGGAAGACUUAAAAAGACACAUAAGAACCCACACUGGUGAAAAACCCUUUGCCUGCUCAUUUUGUGCUACAACAUUCUCGAGACAGCAAUCUUUAAAAAGUCACACAAGAACCCACACUGGUGAGAAGCCGUUUGUCUGCUCAGUUUGUGGUCAAAGAUUCUCUCAUAAGGCAAACUUAAGAUGUCAUACAAGAACCCACACUGGUGAGAAACCUUUUCCCUGCUCAAUUUGUGGCCAAAGGUUCUCCAAUAAGAGCAACUUAAAAAGUCACACAAGGACACACACGGGUGAAAAAUCCUUUAACUGCUCGGUUUGUGCUCAAAGAUUCUCUCAUAAGGCAAACUUAAGUCGCCACACAAGAACGCACACUGGAGAGAAACCUUUUGCUUGCUCCGUUUGUGGCCAAAGAUUCUCUCAGAAGGGAAGCGUAAAUCGUCACAAAAGAACGCACACUGGGGAGAAACCGUUUGCCUGCUCGGUUUGCGGCCAAAGAUUCUCUCGGAACCAACAUAUUCGUGCACACAAGUGUGUCGGUGAGAACAGCAGCGCUCUCUGAAGGUUUCGCCUCUCAUCCGAGCAGGCUGCAUCAGUUCAUGCACCAGGGAUGAGUGGAUUCCUUAUAGCUUCUUCAAGGCUUCCUGUGGACAGGUUUUCGAGAAUCAGCGCUUGUGCUAAAACGCUUGUCGCAAUACAUCUGCUCUGUCCAUUGUUUUUGUGACGUGCACACCAAAUGACCAAAUAAGUGAUUGAAAUAGACUGUGAGGAAACUUUGACUUGUUGGGGCAAGAUGGAAAACUGUAAUCCUGCAUCAAAUUUGUCAUGUCGUGUAUUAUGUGACUAUAUCACACUUUGCCGUUUCUCCUCUAUGUAUUUAUAUUUGCUUUUAUUUUUCCUCAGCCCUACCAGAGGGCUACAUUUAGGAACGGACACCCCGUCGCUAGAUGUAUGACAAAAAUGCCAUUUUAAAUAUGGAGAAGAAAUGUGCAUGUCUGCCAUAUUUUCCCCCAUGCUUAAGUCAACUGCAGUCAUCGUGAUGGUGCGAUGGCGUCUUAGAUUUGGAAUUGUUUUGUUUAUAUUUGAUCGAUGCCAAUGUUUGUGAAAUCUGUCAAAGGUUAUAAAAGUAUCCGUCAUAAAAUGCG